UUGACAACUCGGAUGUGUAAAAAAGUAGCGGUGGUUUCUCUCAGAUUUCUGCUGGAAAUUUCUUCCUUGUUAUUAUUUGCAAUUUACUCGCUAAACCUUGUUCUAAACCACAAAAUUAAUAGUUUAAAGUAAAACUUCGAUUAUAGUGCGCGCGAGGAAAGUGUUUUCCUGUAGUGAAAAAGUUUGGUUGGUUCUAAAUCAAGCAAAGAAGUCACAGUGAAAGUUAUCUGAUGCGGGAUUGAAUGUGUUUUCACGCCCAUCAUCGUACCGCCGUCAAUUCAUUUUGUUCAGAUUGCACAAUCUGUGGAGGCGAAUUCGCUGAUUAGAAUAUAAUGAGUGGUUGCGGGCUGCUGGUUUCGGUGAUCAAAACUCUCGAUGCCAGCGAAACCAACGAACAGCGAGAGCGCGAAAAGCUCAAAAUCGAAAAGGAGUUCCGCAAGACUGACCAGCGGCUGAACGAACUUGUCUCGCGAAACGAUGGCGACCUUACGAGGGUUAUGCAGCUGUUCGGGAAGGUGUCCACCCAGAUCACCAGCUCCCGGGAACGGAUUCAUGUGGUGAAGGAAAACCUCCAAACAUGCAAACAGUUGCUGCGAUGUCGACGGGAAGAACUCAAGAAACUCUACACCGAUGCGGUGCAGCACAAAUACGUGCUGGAGAUGCUGGAUCAGGUAAACGAGCUGCGCAAGACUCCUCAACAGUUGGCAGCGUUCAUGGCCAAGAAACACUAUCUGCAUGCAACAAAGCUCCUGAUGUCCGCUGUCGAAGCAACCGAAGGUCCUCUGAAAGACGUGGAAGGUUUGCACGAUCUGCGGCAGGAUUUCCAGAACAAACGGCAACAGUUAUACUCAAAACUGCUGGACGAGCUCUGUAGGCAUUUGUACAUCUCAAGCACGACCGAGGUCUUACAAAACUUCCAGCGGCAAAGUUCCGGUAGGAUAAGCAGUUCCGCUGCGGCAGGGACAUCUCCUUUCCAGCGCAAUGUGCUGAGGCGAUCCGCGGAACGGAUGGAAGCCAAUACGAAGGCUAGGAAGGCACUGUUUGAAAUCGCUCAGAAUGGCUACCUCGACGUCGACAAGAGUGAAAUUAUCGAAGAUACGGACCUCCUGGAUCCGGAUGUCAAUACCACUUAUUUCAUAGGAAUUAUCAUCGAGUGCUUUGCGUUGCUUAAUAAAGUGCCUGAAUCAAUAGAGUCUAUAAGAGAACAAAUGCAAAGCGAGUUGCUGACUAUUGUCACAAAGUCCACUCACCACAUCAUGACCCUGACUCAGCAGCAAAAUCAGAAUCCAUAUCAAUAUCAGCAAGUGGCAUCGCCUCCGCCUAACAACUCCGAAGAUCUUCCCGAGCAGAACAUUCCCAUUCUGGAACUGCUAGAGUUGGUAUUCAAGCAGCUGAAGCUGAUUGCCAACGCUCACCAGUUGACGCUGAAGAACUACCACAAUGUGAUGCACCGGUACAAUCUGACGCAGGUCAAGGCGUACGAUUUGAUCGAGUACUGGGGCCAAGCGCAGGCCGUCCUCAAGCUAGUGCUGACGGAUUACCUAGAUAUUCAGAACGACAGCAGCGACGAGUUGAUGCGUGCUCAAUUCACGGAGCAAACCACUAAUAUUAACACAUUCUUCAGUCGCCGUAAGGUUCAGGGCAAAAAGAUGCUGUUCAAGUUUGAUAAAUCUUCGCACACGGCUUCGCUGGAGGCUGAGGUCAAUGCCAAAGAGCACCGUCGUAACCCGUCGAAUGUUUCAAAUAGCAUAGCUAACAAGGAAGACGUGCUAAAUCAGUCCGGUUUGAAUGGCCAGAAUCUUCUGAAUACCAGCUUCAAUAAACAUCUGACUGUGGCGCCUGGUGCGGAUCGAAAAAAGCGGGAACGCGCUCUCGUCUGUACACCCGACGCAGGAUUGGUUCGACAGAUUUAUCUUCCAAUGAUGGGAUACAUUCACGAGAUCGAGGGAUUCAUGAAAUGUAAAUCUGGUCAAUCGUGCAGUCUGAACACUUUCCUCGAUAACUAUGUCAAGGAUGCCUAUCUGGCGCGAGGCCACAACCGCAACCUACAGCUGACCAUAGAAUCCCUCUCGAAAACUCAGGACGCGUGGCGUUUGAUAAUUACUCCCGAGGAAAUGAAACGCCUGGGACUGACUAGACCACUUCUACAAAACACUGUGCUAGUGGAGAAUCGAAUCUCCGAAACCAAACGGCUCAUUCAGGAUUUGCCGACCUACUCGGACGAGCUGCUGAAGAUGGUUUGUUCGCUGUUGAAAACGUAUCGGGAAACUUGCCAAGCAGCCUACCGGGGCAUCGUGCAACCGGAGACAGAGGACAAGCGGAUCUACAGUGUAGCGUGGCUAAAGGACGACGAUAUUACCCGGUUCCUCAAGUCCCUUCCGAACUGGACCGAUCUCAAGACAUCCAAUGCCAGGAUGAAGAAACAGCAGUCCGGUCAAAAGCGCAUGAUUAAGCCGGAACCCUCGGAAGAGGAAAGCCCUACCGCCGUUCAGCAGCGAAACGUCCGUGAAGCGGAAAUGCUGACCAGCAAUCUGGGCGAGGGUGGGAUCUCCCAGCAGGAAAUCCUCUCCGAUGUGGGCGUGCUCAAAGAGUUGGCCAUCCUGCAGGAAAGCAUGGAAUGGUUUGCCGGUAGAAUAACGGACUUUGCCAACGACCUGCGAAAGCCGAUCGUGAACGGAAUGGUCGGUGGCGUAAGUGCUUCUCCGGUAGUUGUUAAGGAUGGUAUGAUUAAGGUUCUGAUGAAUUUGGCGUUGGAGUUUGAGGAGUUGGCCAAUACGUGCCUGUUGGUUUUGCAUCUCGAGGUGCGAGUACAGUGCUUCCAUUAUUUGAAAUCGAAUCCCUCGGACAAGUUCAAGCCGAACAAUCCGAACAAGAACGAUUCGCUGGAACCCGAUGCGAAGGUUUUGAAGCUGACUAAGGUUCUAUCCGAUAUGGACGAGGCGUUAAGUUCUACGCUGCAUCCUAGGAAGACAAAGUACGUUUUUGAGGGACUGGCUCAUCUGGCGUCACGCAUUCUCAUAAUGGCAGCCAAUUCGAUGGAGUACAUCGACACGGCUGGUGUGCAACGAAUGUGCCGUAACGCUUUAGCUCUGCAGCAGACCCUCAGUAGUAUCACAGCUUCGAGAGAAGUUGCCCUCGAUUACGCUAGGUCGUUUUAUGAAAUGUUCUAUCUUGAUCCAGAUGAAAUCCUAACCUCCAUCAUCGAAAAAGGUGCCCAGUUCACCGAGAUGCAGUACUUGAACGCUUUACACCUGGUGUGCAAGAACCGCGGCAUCGUCGAUCAGAACACGCUGGCCAUGUAUCAACAGAAGCUGAGUGACGUUCUGGGAACCAAACCGGGACUCGGAGUUACGGUUUAGGUUUCGAAGUAGCGCAUUUAUAGGCACGCGGUAGUAUUUAACAAAAUUUAAUAAGUAUAAAAGUGUUUUGUUGCGACACGGUUAACGUCGAUCGCUAUGCGAGGAUGUUGAAUGCUAUGAAGAAUAUGUUGUUAUUGGGUAGAGACAGAAAAUAAUUAAUCGAUUGCAAAUAUAAAACAGCUACAAAGAGUUUAUCGUGCAAGCAGUAGGUACUAGCAUGUUAUAAAUUAUAUAACGAAAUGUUAAUGCGGCUGUUCGUUAUUAGUGAUUGUCGAAUCAAACUACAACGGUGUAAUGACAACAACAAGUGUUCAUUUUGCAGUAAGAUCCUAAUAAAGGAUUACGAAUGUUGUAAUUAUUUCUCAUUGCUGCGUUUGCUUUGCGUAUGUUAAAAACAGGAGAAUGAUAGUAUGUGACUAGCAUUCAAAAUUAUUUUGUUUCUAAAAAU